AUGGGCAGACAGAGUGUACCGCGGGCUGCACCAUGUCACUUCCUGGAGACUGGACAGCAGGUGUGUUGUUUCUGGCAGGUGUGUGUGAGGGGUCCUAAUGUUUUUAAGGGGUAUCUGAAAGACCCCGAGAAGACGAAGGAGACUCUUGAUGAAGAUGGUUGGGUUCACACAGGAGACAUUGGCAGGUGGCUGCCGAAUGGCACUCUGAAGCUUGUGGACCGUAAGAAGCACAUUUUUAAGCUGGCUCAGGGUGAAUACAUCGCUCCAGAGAAGAUCGAGAACAUUUACAUCAGGAGUGAAGCCGUGGCGCAGGCUUUCGUUCAUGGAGACAGUCUGCAGGCUUGUCUGGUAGCCAUCAUCGUGCCUGAUCCGGACUUUCUGCCCGGCUGGGCCAAGAAGAGAGGCAUGGAGGGCUCGUACGAAGAACUGUGCAAAAAAAAGGAAGUGAAGAAAGCCAUUCUGGAAGAUAUUGUCAAACUGGGUAAAGAAAGUGGCCUGAAGUCUUUUGAACAGGUAAAGGACAUUGCUCUUCACACCGAGAUGUUCUCCAUCCAAAACGGCCUCCUGACUCCCACCCUGAAAGCCAAACGCACUGACCUCAGGAACUGCUUCAGGAAACAGAUCGAUGAGCUUUACUCUAACAUCAAAAUGUAAAGUGCCUCAGAUAUGUUGGAGUGACAGAGCUGAUCUGGGUCUCGUGACUGAAAAGAGCUGGUUCAAAACAAGAGAGAGCUUGUUAUAUAUGCAUUUCAGAAUAAGAUUAUAUACCUUAGAUCAGCUGUUACUCGAAGCUUCAUCACCCGACUUUAAAGAUUCCACCUCAGGAAAACGUCCCUACAUUUUGACACCGUAAUUUUUUUGCUUUUGACUAUUUUAGGAGAAAGGGAAGAGAAAUCCACAAGCACAAACAACCUAAUGCUGUUAUUGAGGACAGAAUAAGCUUCCUCUUUUAUUUAAAAGCAAUUUUUACUAAUGAGAUGAUGUAGAUAACCAAACAUGCCAUUCUGCUUAAAUUUGCUGAAG